CUCUUCCUCUUCCUCACUCUGGACUUUAAUCCUGUGCUCGGCUUUGACCGUCUGGACUCCCGUUCAAGUGUAGACAGCAGGUCUGUGUGAGACGGCCAAAGGAAAUGUGGAGCAGAGAACAGAUGCUGAACAAUAAGAUCGAGUGAAGCAGUGAGAGAGUGAGACAGUCAGCCACGUCCAACAGUAACCGCUGAAUUAUGGAUUAAAGAAAACUUUUGCUGGCAUUUUCUUGCCCAUCCUGUCAACGUGCUGAUGAGGUAAACUGUUCCGCUCUUUGUCCGGACCCUCACCCAGGACCCUACCAGGGGGGAAAGCUCCCGAACAACACAGCUCCUGGGUUCACUGGGACACACAAACCCCUCCACCAUGAUAAGGUGGCGAUUCACGGAGGAGUCCAUCUUUAUUUGUGAGGUUCUGGUGAUUGGUUCAAGUCUUCCAAUCAUCGCUGCUCCGGGUGAUGAUGUGAUCCUGCCGUGCCACCUGGAGCCCAUGAUUGAUGUUCGGGGUCUGACGGUGGAGUGGUCCAAACCCGACCUGAAGCCCGACCCGUCAGACCAGAGGAGUCAAGUCAAAUUCGUUCACCUGUACAGGCAUCAGAUAGAGGUGCUCGACAUGAAGCUGGCAUCGUACUUCAGGAGGACGGAGCUGUUCAUGGACGACCUGAAACACGGGAACAUUUCACUGAAGAUCCUGAACGUGUCGGAGGAAGACAGCGGCAGAUACAGAUGUUUCAUCCCGAAGCUGCGAAGCAGCGUGAAGGCCGCCAUCGUUCAGCUCGUAGUUGAUCCAAACUUCCCUAAAACCUCAACAACAGAGAUGUGGCUGCAUCCCAGAAACCUCCAAACUCCAGAUCCUCAGGAUGAGAUUCCAGGAAAUGCAGGUCGGUCCAGGGUCUCUGUGGUCAUCGUUGCCAUUGUCUUCAUAUCAGUCGCUGCUCUCGCUGCAUAUUCCUCUCACCACCUUUGUCUUAAACUGAAUGGUGUGUUCAGGCAAAUGUGUCCCCAGGGGUCUGAACACUAUUUAAAGGUUCCGGGAGAGACCAAGGAGGAAAUUUGUUGGUACAUCUGUUAGUGUAUUAAUCUGCAUCAAGUAAAUCACCCUGAGCAUGUGAAUCAGCGAUGCAGAGUAUAUACAGCUCAAAUGUACAGCAUGAGGAGGGAGCAGGCUUUAUUUAGGAGAACAUUGCCAUCUACUGGCUGAUCUGCAGUACUGCUUUUUGUUAGAAAUCUGAUAUUUAUGAUCAUUUUAUGAUAAUGAAAUUGUUACAGGGUUGCAAAUCAGUGACACUCACAGUUGAAUAUAACGAACUGUGAAAACUGAGAAUAAAUUAAGUUCUAUAAGUAAAGGAAGGAAACUUUGACUUUGACAUUCAUUUUUCUUCUUUUGGUAAUGUGGGUAACAGUGUUGUAUUGGUUUGAGUGACUCGGCGGUAAUUCAUAAUUCACGUGUACACAUUAGACAUUAAACUUAGAUCUUUGUGAGACUGUUAUGUAUUUAGCAAUAGAAAUACAUUGUUCACUGGCACUAUUUUGUGUUUAAGUAGAACAACACCAAGUGUGCUGUAUGUGCACAUUGAUCUUCCUAUGUUUCUCUGCAAAUGUCUAAUAAAAGUAAGGCACGCUCCACUGAAGGUUUCGUUGUGUCUAAAUAAUUAUGCCAUAAGAAGGACAUAAUAGAGACGGUCAAAGGAAAUGUGGAUCAGAGAACAGAUGCUGAGGGUCCAAGUAAGUCAAACACACACAUUUAGUCUGUUGUUUUUACUUUUGGAUUGUGUGCAUCAGAUGUUGUUGAAACGCUGUGGAGUAGUCGGUUUUGUGUGUUCAUUAUAUCAGCUCUCUGAUUGGUGUUCAAGUUUGAUAUUCAGCAGUUAAAUGUGGAAGUGACUUCUUUCUGCCCACGAUAAAUGUGUAGAGAAAAUCCGACACAGAGUCUCAAAUCAGCCCUAAGGUCAAACUAAGUGUCCUGGGCUCUGUUCUAUGAAGCGAGUUCCUCCUUCAAGAACACACCCAUCAAAGAUACAGCAUGGUUGUUCCAGAUGGUUCCAGAUGUUUGUAGUUGCAGAUUUGGAAAUCAAAAUUGAUGUGGCUGGAUCUAACAUGCUUAACCUGAGAGACAUGGAAUAAGACGGACAGUAAGUGGAUUACACUGUAGAUCGUUAUCAGUUGGUACAGCUGGUUAUAUCUCUUGGUUGGCCAAGACAUUGUAUCUUGGUGUCUUGGCAGACGGGCUGGAGGAAGUGGCUGGGGAAAGGGAGGUCUGGGCUUCUCUGCUUAGGUUGCUGCCCAAUACCCGACCUCAGAUAAAGAGAAGAAAAUGGAUGAAGACACAGAAGAUUGGAACAGCAGCAGCAGAGAGAAUGAGGACAUUUAUCAGCUGCUGAUCCUGAAACAGUGAAGGCUGCUUGAUCAGAUUUCACUCAAUCAUAUCCUGGAGUUUAAACAACCAAACAAACGUGAACUUUAAAAUAUCACACUUUAUAUUUCAGUGUUAGAAUGACUUCAUAUGGUGCCUGUUAAUCAGUGAAUCCAUCAUUAGAACAUGUUUAAAUGACACUA